AUGGCGCUAUUACGUUUCCGUGCCGGUGGUCAGGGCCUUCUGAGCAACGGUUUUGCCCCUCCUCCAAUGGAACCAGGGACAGGCAGCUCAGCGGGCAUUGAUGACAUGUAUCCACCGCCACCCACAUCUGCAGGUCCUACUCCACCCCAUCAACAGCAGCCAAUGGGAGGUGGUGGCGGUGUAGGGGCUGUCAGUCAGCCCACAUACUAUCCCCCACCCACUUUUUAA